AUGAAGUCUUUCACAUCUCUUCUCGUUCUCUUCAGCGUCUCCGCCCCUGUUUUCUCCUCUCUGCUAUCACCUAUCGACGUCCGGAGCGAAGACGUAAUCGUGCAGCUCGCGAACGACUGGACAGGCGCUAAUGCCAAUGCUACUAUCUCGCCUGACGGUUCAAAGCACGCCAUCCAGAAGCUCUGGGGUAAAUCUGACCUCGUUGGAGAAGACGGUGAAGUUUACGCGACAAGUGCAUCACUCGUGAAGUUCGAACAAGGGACAGCAUGUCGUAUUGUAAAGCAGCCAAACGUGAACGUUAUUAUGCACUCGCAAACGACCUGGGUAUUCUUGGAUCGCGGGGCAUGGGUGAAGUUGGACAACGCGAUUUUACAGUGCGUUGAUGUUAAUCAGACUCCUUAUACAGGUGAUCUGUAG